AAUACACACUGUAGGGUCCCACACCUCCUCCAUUCUCUCCUUCUCCUCUCUCUCCCUCUCUCUCUCUCUCUCCUAUUGUCACGUUUCUGUUGAUCAGUGGAAAAUACUUCUAACUGAAGUCAGUUCUUCUCUCCAUCUGUCAGACCAGAGCAACCAUGUCAGACAAUGAAGAGGUUGAAGAGUUUGAGGAGCAGAAUGAGGAAGAAGAAGAGCCAGCCAUAGAGGAGGAAGAGGAGACCAAUGGGGAGCCAGGGGAAGAGCCACAGGAGGGAGAGGAGGAGCAUGCAGAUGAAGGGGAGGGGGCAGAGGAGGGAGAGGAGGCGCAUGCAGAUGAAGGGGAGGGGGCAGAGGAAGGAGAAGAGGAGGCCAAACCUAAAUUCAAGCCGUUCAUAAUGCCCAACCUCAUCCCACCUAAGAUCCCAGAUGGAGAGAAGGUAGAUUUUGAUGACAUCCACAGGAAGCGCAUGGAGAAGGACCUGAAUGAGUUGCAGACACUGAUCGAGGUUCACUUUGAAAGCAGGAAGAAGGAGGAGGAGGAGCUUAUCAACCUCACAGACAGGAUUGAGAAGCGACGUUCUGAACGAUCAGAGCAGCAAAGGAUCCGCAGUGAACGAGAGAAAGAACGACAGAAGAGGUUGGAGGAUGAGAGGACUCGUAAAGAGGAGGAGGAGGCAAAGAGGAAAGCAGAUGAUGAUGCUAAGAAGAAGAAGACGUUGACUAGCCUACACUUUGGAGGCUACAUGCAGAAGAUGGAGGUCAGAGGGAAGAGACAGACAGAGAGAGAGAAGAAGAAGAAGAUUCUACAGGACAGACGGAAGUCUCUGGACAUCGAGAACAUGAGCCAGGACAAACUGAAGUGCAAGACAAGGCCCAGGAGCUGUGGUUGUGGCAGCAGCAGCUGGAGGCGGAGAAGUUUGAUCUGCAGUAUCAGAUUAGCAGACAGAAGUAUGACAUCAACGUCCUCCGCAACAGAGUGUCAGACCACCAGAAGACCACCAAGAGAACCAAGAGAGGCCUGAGGAAGUAGAGCGAUAUUGAAGAGGGACUGAAGAGGGACUGAAGAGGGACUGAAGUAGACUGAAGAGGGACUGAAGAGGGACUGAAGUAGACUGAAGAGGGACUGAAGUAGACUGAAGAGGGACUGAAGUAGUCUGAAGAGGGACUGAAGUAGACUGGCUGAGGGACUGAAGUAGACUGGCUUAGCAGAUCAGCUGUCUGGCCUAUUUGUCUACUGUCUGAUCUCUCUCCUUCCGACAUCUCUCCCUCCUUCCUACAUCUCUCCC